AGGCGGAAAGAAGCUGUUACUUUUAUCUAUAAAAAUAGGCUUAAAAUUACUCCAUCACAACCCCAACAUUGCUACUGAGGCUUACAGUCACUGCAAAACAUGGCUUCUGAGAAGGUUGAAACAGUUGUAGCUGGAAACUAUUUAGAAAUGGAAAGAGAAGAAGGAGAUUCCAGGUCUGCAAAGAGCAAAUUAUCCAACUUCUUUUGGCAUGGUGGCUCGGUCUAUGAUGCAUGGUUCAGCUGUGCUUCUAACCAGGUUGCUCAAGUGCUACUUACACUGCCAUAUUCAUUCUCGCAACUAGGAAUGUUAUCAGGGAUUUUAUUUCAACUUUUCUAUGGCUUGAUGGGAAGCUGGACAGCAUAUCUUAUAAGUUUACUUUAUGUUGAGUAUAGAACAAGAAAGGAAAGAGAAAAAGUUGAUUUCAGGAAUCAUGUAAUUCAGUGGUUUGAAGUUCUUGAUGGAUUGUUGGGGAAACAUUGGAGAAACAUAGGUCUUUUUUUCAACUGCACUUUUCUGCUAUUUGGAUCAGUCAUUCAGUUAAUUGCCUGUGCUAGCAAUAUCUACUAUAUAAACGACAACCUUGACAAGAGAACUUGGACGUACAUUUUUGGCGCCUGCUGUGCAACAACUGUGUUUAUUCCUUCAUUCCAUAACUACAGAAUUUGGUCAUUUCUUGGCCUCAUGAUGACUUCUUACACUGCAUGGUACAUGACAAUUGCCUCCCUUCUCCAUGGACAGGUUGAUGGAGUUAAGCACUCAGGGCCAGCCAAGAUGGUUCUCUACUUCACUGGAGCCACCAACAUUCUUUACACCUUUGGUGGUCAUGCUGUUACAGUGGAGAUCAUGCAUGCCAUGUGGAAGCCACAAAGGUUCAAGAUGAUAUACUUGUUAGCAACACUUUAUGUGUUAACCCUAACUUUACCAUCAGCUUCUGCUGUUUACUGGGCUUUUGGGGAUUUACUUCUCACCCAUUCCAAUGCUUUAUCAUUGCUUCCAAGGACUGGUUUCCGAGACACUGCGGUUAUUCUCAUGCUCAUUCAUCAGUUUAUUACAUUUGGAUUUGCCUGCACUCCUCUAUACUUUGUGUGGGAGAAAUUCAUUGGGGUGCAUGAGACCAAGAGUCUGUUCAAGAGAGCACUGUCUAGACUCCCUGUGGUUAUCCCAAUCUGGUUCCUUGCAAUCAUCUUCCCUUUCUUUGGCCCUAUCAACUCAACCGUCGGAUCUCUCCUUGUCAGCUUCACUGUUUACAUUAUCCCUUCAUUAGCACACAUGAUUACUUUUGCACCUGCAUCCGCACGAGAGAACGCGGUGGAGAGGCCACCGUCAUUCCUUGGAGGCUGGGCAGGCAUGUACUCCAUCAAUAUCAUUGUGGUGAUAUGGGUUUUUAUAGUAGGAUUUGGUUUUGGAGGAUGGGCGAGCAUGCUUAAUUUCAUACAACAAAUUGAUACAUUUGGUUUGUUCACCAAGUGCUAUCAAUGCCCUCAUAAGCCUUAAACUAGGAUUCAUCUUCUUCCCAAUGAUUAACAAAGUUUUAGAUUUUUUUUUUCUCUUGAGUGUGUAAAGAGAUUGGCAUUUGUAAGUU